AUGGAACUCGGGGAAGCAGUCCCCUCCCCUUUCUCCCUUCCCAAGGUCCCCGAGAGGUCCCCAUGGCGUGAAAGCAAGCGUGACGCGAUCGCCAAGGCCUCAAACACCACGUCCGUCCAAGACCGCUCUUUCCCCCUCCACGUGUCUACAACGCCAAUUGCGCAUAUCCGCGUCGACGACGGCCACAUCCUCCGCGCCCGCCUCUUCAACGGCGAGGGCGAGGCCGUUGACGCCGAGCUCAACCUGAACGACGUUCUCGGCAACAGCAACGGCUCCUUUGAGUGGGGUGGCGGCGGCUUCGCCGACUCGGCCGAGGACAUCCACUUCGAGCUCGAGGGUGAUGACAACGUCCCCAUCCUCCGCGCCCGCCUCUUCAACGUUGAGGGCGAGGCCAUCGACGCCGACGUCAACCUGUCGGAGCGCAUCGGCAACAACGACGGCAACUUCACCUUCAACUGUUGGUCUCCCCCCUCCAAGCCGAUCGACCGCGUGAUAGAUCUUGUUUGGCUGACAUUUAACCACAGAAACGAUGACCUUUUGACGAUGAGAUGCGAGACUGAGGCGGGGGAGGAUAGCGGAGGGAUAUCCGUACUAUGGACUGGAGCGUUUUUUGCUUACACGCGCGUGAUGAGGGACGACGAUACACACAUACAUGCCCGAUGGGCCGGACUACGUAGCCUAGCCGACAUCAAUUGA